UGGAACCCUGUGUAUCCGGGUCUGUCUGCCGGGCUGCCGUGGGGGAAGCUUUUGAGAGUGGGACCGGGAGAAGCCGCUUGUAAACAGAGCCGGGCCGGGAUGGUCGGCGGCUGGAGCAGAGCGGUUGUCGGUGAGGACAGCGGGCUGCCUGGGUCGGGGCCGUGUCCGGGGCCGGCUGCAGGCCGUGAGGGCGACGGGAUCGAAGCCACGGCCAUGCUGCCUGACCCUGAUGCACUGUCCUGCCUCAGUCGCAGAUGUGAUGUGACCAACUGAUCGUAGAUGGCAAGCUCCAAGACUGAAAUCGAGGAUUGGCACUGCCUUGCUUUGACAAACGCUGCCCUGCUGUCUCUGAGACCUCCAGGAACAAGCUCCCGUAUGUCUGUGCUUGGUCUUGUCUAGGCAGCCAGAUGAAGAUUACUGCCUCUUGUUUCCACAGCUGCAUUGCUGAACCACCUCUCUCUGUUGGCUGAAUGUUCGUGACACCAUUUCUUGAAGCAGUUUAGGGGCUGAGACCUUGGACCCUGUGUCAUGGAAGCUUUGGAAGUAGAUGACAUCAGCCCCGCCUUAGAGGUUACUGAGGAUUUCUUUAGUACUUUUGACAGUAAGUUGGAAAAGGCUGUGCAACAAGCAGAGGUUUAUGGGAUUCAGGAAGUCCCUGAGCUGGUGGGACAUGAGGUACUUGGUAAUAUAACAGACAAUGGUGCUUUGAGAAGCGUUGCUUCUCUGGGCAAGGGGAACAUGAUUUGGGACCACUGUAAGAGCAGGCUCCUAGAAACCAAAGCUCAAAAUGUCUUCCCUGCCAAAGAACAGCUUAUGGUCCAGAGAGGGACAGCCCCAGAUAAUCUUUCCUGGAUGGAACAAAAGGAAGCAUCGACCUUCAACUUUUUCAACAUCUGUCAGCGUCGGAGGGACAGACCUCGUUCUGUGAAUGACUUAUUGGAUGAGACCACAACUUUCAAGCCAGGACAUGCUCGGUCGAGGUCUGACGUUACCCACGUAGACUGGCGCGUAGUCCUUAGCACCAUGCCUUUGCAGCAGCAGCAGCCAUCCCUUCAAGGCCCACACUUUGCCAGGCCAUCUUUUCUGUUGUCUUCACCCAAUAAGGUUGAAGAUGCUCAAGGAAAUACAGAACAUAAGCAGACAUUCCCAAACAUACUGAAGAAGGGUUAUCUGGAGAUCAGGAAGAACCAUGACAAUUACUGGCAAAGCUGUUAUGCAGAACUCUCACCUUACAACUUGCACUUCUACAGCCUCGAUAGCAGCGGGAAUCAAAACCUGUACGCCACAUAUCAGCUCUCACACUUCCAGAGCAUAUCUGUUUUAGGCCAUCUUGAGGCCAGGAUGGUAGACACUGUUCUUUAUGACAAUUCUCAGCUGCAGCUAAAGGCAGAGUCCCCGUGGGAGGCAUUGGACUGGGGGCAGAAGCUCUGGGAAGUUGUACAUGCUGCUGUGCCCAGUUACAUGGGACGGCAGGACGAGAUGGCAAACUCACCAGGACUUGGUCACCAUGCUGACUGUACGCAGAACCACUGUUUACAGAAGAGAUCCAGCGGGAUGCUGUCCACCCCUGUCUCGGAUAGCCCCAAACAGUACCAGAACAUCCUCAAAUCAGGGACUCUCUACAGGCUGACUGUCCAAAACAACUGGAAGGCAUUUACCUUUGUGCUGAGCAAGACCUAUCUUAUGGCUUUUCACCCUGGCAAGCUAGAUGAAGAUCCUCUGUUGAGCUACAAUGUGGAUGUGUGUUUGGCUGUGCAGAUAGAUAACCUGGAUGGCUGUGACUCUUGCUUUCAAGUCAUUUUCCCCCAAGAUGUCCUCCGCCUCCGUGCUGAGACCCGACCAAGGGCUCAGGAAUGGAUGGAGGCUCUGAAGACAGCAGCCAACUCUGCGAGGAGUUCCGAGCAAAACCUGCAAGUCACACUGAGGAACAAGCCAAAGGAUCAGAUAGGUGGCGCUGAGCUGCGGAAGAACAAGCGCCAGUCAGUGACCACCAGCUUCCUGAGCAUCCUGACCACGCUGUCUUUGGAGCGAGGACUCACUGCUCAGAGUUUCAAAUGUGCAGGAUGCCAGCGAUCUAUUGGCCUUUCUAAUGGCAAGGCCAAGGUGUGCAAUUACAGUGGGUGGUACUACUGCGGCAGCUGCCACGUGGACGACAGCUUUCUCAUCCCAGCACGCAUAGUUCACAACUGGGACACUUCAAAAUACAAGGUGUCCAAGCAGGCUAAGGAGUUCCUGGAGUAUGUGUACGAAGAGCCCCUGAUCGACAUCCAGCAGGAGAACCCCAUGCUGUACCUGCAUGCUGAGCCGCUGGCCACUGUGGUGCGGCUGCGGCAGCGGUUGAAAUCACUCCGAGCUUACCUGUUCAGCUGCCGGGCGGCGGUGGCGGAGGAUCUGCGCCGAAGAAUUUUCCCCAGAGAAUACCUCCUUCAACAGAUCCACCUGUAUUCUCUUGCUGACCUGCAGCAGGUGAUAGAGGGAAAGCUGGCUCCGUUCUUGGGCAAGGUCAUUAAGUUUGCCACCGCGCACGUCUACAGCUGCAGCCUCUGUAGCCAGAAAGGCUUCAUCUGCGAAAUCUGCAACAACGGCGAGAUCCUCUACCCCUUUGAGGACAUUUCAACGAGCAGGUGUGAAAGCUGUGGAGCUGUCUUCCAUUCCGAGUGCAGAGAGAAGUCUGUCCCCUGCCCACGCUGCGUCCGCCGGGAGCUGCAGAAGAAGCAGAAGUCCUUCUGGCGGCAGCUGAACGUGGAUGAGAGCCUGGAGGAGGCGUGCGCCAUGUUCGAGCUGUCUUACCAGAACACCUGACUGCGGGCCUGGCCACACUCCCCCACCACCACCCAAGGGCCAUUCAUGCCCGUGCAGACGAGGCUGUUCCUUCUUCAGCUAGAUGUAGAUAGAUAAGUUAUUUAUUUAUUCUAUAUACACUGAUACGUCCUGUAUGUAUGCUUUGUGUAACUCAUUGUUCUAAAGGUCCACAGAGAUCCUGUGGCUAGACUACACAUAGCUGAGUUACACUUGGCCAUGCAAUCCAGCUGCUCGCUCCCAGCAAGUGUGGUUUACACACGCUACUCUGUAUUUCAGACCCACAUACUCACAUUGGCUCCAAGGGCCUGUCUACUGCAAGGCAUUGGAGGAAGCAUUUCUUGAAGCAAAGCCUUGGGUUGUUACUAAAUUUUAUUCAGCAUUUGCUGGGGAAAUUGAGGCAAGGAAUCUGCCUCAGAAGGAAAUCUCUAAAACACAAGAGUGCUUCGGGAUCCUUCCAGGUCCCGGAGUCCUUGGCAGAGGCAGGAACAGUGAAACAGCACACAGCCAAAAGCUAGAGGGCUCCUUCUUCCAACAGAAACCUUCAGGAGCAGAGCUACCCUGGGUUUGAAGUUAAUCCCCGAGUGUGAGUCCAGAAGGACCUCAGGGGCCAGUCACUCCUCCAUCUGUUUGCUGGUACGAAGCUCAGCACCUGCCUCAUGAUGAGACUCCACGAUGCCUGCCAGAGAGUGCAUGGGUGCCCUAAGAGCGUUUUCAAGCAUGGCGUGGAGGACAUUUUCCAGUUGUUUUUUACGGUGCUGGCCAGGAGGAAAUGUCCCAGGAUCAUCCUCAAGCAUAUCUGUGCAUAGUCUGCUAGGUAGAGUAUCCUGCUCGCAUCUGGCGGGGCGCGACGUCUGCUUUCCUAGAGUCCUUCACAGACAAUGCCUGGCCACUUCUGAAUGUUUUAUUUCUCAUUGUCCCCCACUCUUGACCUUUAGUCAAUCCAUGUAACCACUCUUGCUUUUGUAUUCUGGGUGUUGGGUUUGUUUGGAAUGGGGCUAUAUUCUAAGACAGGGUCUUGCUGUAUAUCCCUGGCUAGCCUCAAACUUGUGAUCCUGCUGCCUCAGCCUCCAAAUGGUGGGAUUACAGGUGUGUACCACCAUACCUGGCUUUACUUGUUUUUAAUUAUUUUUUUAAAUAUUUAAAAUUAAAAAUUAUACACUUAUUAAAAGCUAUUAAAAAGUAACAUUUUGAAAAAUGCAAACCUAAACUAUUAAGAAAAUACCAAACAUAAAUAGAAUUAAUUAAGUUAAUAUUGCUGAAAUAAGUAGAUACAUAUGUAGAUAGUUGCCACCUUAUAGCAACACAAAAAGUAUGUAAUAUGACAGGCAUGAGAAAUGAGUCGCUGUGCUCUUUGGAGGGUACUGUCCCCCCUCUGCAACCCUUUGGAAGAGCCCGUGUAGUUGUCACUGUGACCAAGAUGGCUGCUAGAAUGGCACUGGGAACCUGAUGGCCAGCAUUCGUUCUGCCUUAACCCUUUCCAAGGCAGGAAAGUACAUUCACAAGGAAGUAAUUUGUAUGUCUUUCACAGUGAGCACCCGUUGCCCGCGCUUCCACCCUUUCAGAUUUUCACUGCUGUUCAGAUCUGGUGGAAAUACUGGCUCACAGAGAAUGUAUCCACUUCAGCUCCAUGUCCCUCCCCACACGCACCAGCUCUUGAAGCUCUGUCCACCAGGAGACACUGAGCUGACGGGGUAAGCACUUCACCUCUCAGCCCACACCAUUCCUUUGGCCCCAGCCCACAGAGCUGAGCCCUGUGCACACCCCUAUUUCCUGGCUCCCCAGAACCUAUAACCAAGGCAUGCAACUUAGUAAAAGGCCAGGGCCUGUUUAUCAGACACUUCCUGGUGCCUCUUAUAAACUCUUGGGGAGGCAGGUUGACACCCCCUCACUGCAGUGGCAGACAGGCGAGAGGCGGGUGGGAAGUCGCAAACACUUGGUGAAACAGGCAAACACUUGGUGAAACAGGCAAACAAAUUUGAGUAUCUCCCUUCCUCCUCCCCUUCGUGAAAUACAGUAUUUAUACUUUCCAGCCUCGGCGAAGAGAGCAGAACAUGAUCUUUCACUAGAGAAUUAUAGACCUGCUUAUUAUAAAACAGAUGUGCUCCCGUGGCACGGUGCCUUCCCUCUCCACCCCCAAAUCCCUGUCACUGCAGCUUGCACUCUGCCUUUGCUGUAAUUAAUGUAUCUGUGAUUCUAACUGGCAGAGAGGCUGUUCCCAGCACACUGAGCACAGACCUGAAGGACAGAGCCCCCACCCCACCCCACCCCAGGUUUUCCCUGAGUCCUGCCCCAACUCACAGGUACCCAAGGUCAAGGGUGAAAUUUGGAUCCCUGCUCAAGACACCAGAGCUGUCCCCACUGCCCACUUAGAGGGCCCUGCUAUACAUGAGCAGACCUUGGGAGCUCCUACACACUUUCCCUGACCUUGCUUUCUCUUAAGUUUUUUAAAGGGGAAAAGAUAAGGGGGCUGUCAUCAGCGAUCUAGAACUGGAGCUGUGUGCCCGCUACUUCUGUUUCAUUCUGUUGUACAUCCCUAAUAGUCUGGCCCAUGCCAGCCGUGGGCUCACAACAACCACCUCUGCCACCACCACCAGGAUCUGAUAGGACACAGUGGAUCCAGCUUAGGAGUUGGGUCUGCCAUGAAAAUUCAAAAUUGCUAUUUUCAGUCCAGAAGGCCGUAAAGUGCGUGAAGGCCCCUACGGUUCCCAGGUCUAACAGAUCCCUCGGUGCAGUGCGGGGCAGUUGCUCUAAUGCUUAGAAACCAUCGAAACAAACGCAAGCCUGUGGGUCUCCACCUCCCUUCUGCAUCUCAGUAAACAGCAUACACGUAAAGCCUGAUGGAAAAUGGUCUGUCCAUUAAUCUCCCGGAGCUGCCAGUGGAGUCCAGGCCCAUUCCCUGGCGUAGCACAAGAAUUCCCUCCUGCUAGUGCCAGAAGCUCAUGUGUGACACCGUGCAGCCUGGGGGAAGUGUUGGCACCCAACCCCACGGUUAAGAAGCCAGUUCCUAAAAUAGACCUGCGUUUGCACCGCAGCAGGAAGGCCGGGAGUGCUGGAAAGGCAGUCAGUGCGAUGGGGGCAGAGGCCUCCAGGGCCGCCCGCUCCCAAAGUUGAAAGCAGCUCGACGUGAAAACAUGUAAACGCUCUGCCGUCCCCUUGACUUCAUGGUUGAGUAAGGGCUACCUCUUGGGAGCUUUCACAUCUGAUGAGCUGAGAGGAUAACCGCUUCUGGAUUCCUCUAUAAUAGGCCUCCACCAAAAAGAGAGAGAGCGUAUGACUACAGUGCCUCGGGAUUUGCAGGUUCCAAUACAGUCCCGACAUAGCCCAGUGUCGUGAUUCCCCUCGGCCGCCCCAAAGCAAAGGUGUCUCUGUCACCCUGUCCCUGUGGCUGAGCUGCAGCGCAGCCUCUGAUGAGGUCCGGCCUCCGGGAGCAAUGCUUGUCAUGUGCGCACACUGAAUGCGAGCACCAAUGAAUUUCUUUCUGCACCUCCUCAAGGAGGCUUGGCUUCUAGCCCUGCAAGUUCAUUCUCUAUCUGUGGGGCAAAACAAACAAACAAACAAAGAAAAAACCCACAGACACAAACUACCUAAGAGAACAGGACCACAGUGAUGCCACACCCACUGAGCACCGAUGACAGCAGGAAGUGGACAUUCUACUGCUAGUUCAGGUCGAGCCCUGCAGACUAGCACUGUCUGCUCUCUAUGCUUUAUUGGAAGAGCCACAUUAGGAACUAAUCUUUGACCCUUUGUCAGAAUACUGCCUGCUUCCAACACAGACUUUAUUUUGUUUCUCAUGUUAAAUAGAGAUGUGUGCAAUUCUGUUCUGGCAGUUUUCUAUAGUGCUUUUCAUCUUCUGAAAUAAUGUGGAGAAGUCAGAAAUUUGAGACAAGGGAAAGAAGCUAGCUCUUUCCUCCUUGGCUUGGUUGGGGCCACCAUCCUUCCUCUUUAUCCUGGGUGAGGACUCACUGGGUCAGCGCCCUGCCCCUUUCUGCUCGCCCGACCCCAGGUUACUACAAUCCCCUCAGCUAACCUAACCAAUGCUGGCCUCUGUCACGGGGUGGGGGGGGACCACAGUGUCUUGACAGUUAAGUGUCAGUGCCCAGCAGUCUCUCUGUGUAGGCAAUUCUGUCCUUUCUUUGGAUUCAAAACUCUUUAACUCAGAAUUUUUUUUCAGGUAUGUUUUAGUAGGUGCAGGACUGAGAUUAAAAAAAAAAAAAAAUCUGCAUCACUGUAAAACUCUGGGUAAAAGGGAAAGUGUGGACCCCCAGACUCUCCAGCAUUUGAGAGGUUUGAGUUAAGUGGGUUCGUGGUGGUCAUGGCGUGGUCUCCGUAAAGCAAGCGCUGGUGUGAUGGGAGGCGCUGGUGCGAGGGACAUCGGCUGCUCUGUGGUUCCUCCCUGAGGGAGAAGAGGCCACUGGCUGCUCAUUGUUUUAGACAGCUCCCUAAUGAAGCCAGUUGUUUCCCAGGCCAGACGAACAAGACACCUGUAGUAGUAGCUUUUCCACAGUGGGGCCCCUCUGGCAGGCUGUGGAAGCUGCAAUCCAGCCCUGUCCCCUCCCUUGAUUUUCCUGCCUUUUGUCCUCAAACCUGGUCUGGAUUUGAGACUCAUGCUAAUAAACCACCUAGUGGACAGCUGGCCGAUGGCUCUUCCCUCCCACCGUUUUCCCUGUAGGAGUGCCUUAUAGUCUAGUCUAGUCUCUGACCCACUUGAAGCCUGCAGGACCCUUCAGCUGACUAUGGACCCCUCUGCUCUUCCCUGCCAGCUCCUCCUCGGCGUGCAGGACGCCUGGAGCCUCUCUAGCCCAUGAUGCAUGCUGCACCUUCCACCUUUGCUUACCCCGGUGCCUUAACUCCACAAGUGAAGGGAUUCACGCUGCAAACACGUUAUUUGAGGGAAACAUGGGUUUCUUCAGUACCAUUGGCACUUUGACCAGGAAAUAAGAAGACAUAAUCAUACAGUGUUUUGACCUUAUUUUACGGUGUUUCUUAGCCACUCUGUUUGCCUGCUUUCAUUAACGAAACUCAGGGGAAUGUCAUGUCACCAAGGUCAACGGGGAAAGAAAGAAAACUAGCUACCCAGAACUGAACGUCAGAGUCUACAAACUUAGUCUUUAUUAGGUUCAAACGUGACACCGACACAAGGAUUUCUUCCCCUGCCCCUUUACUGUAUACAAAUGUUCUUCAUUUACCACCUGUGGGAAGUGGGAAGCCUCUGGGAUGCAUGGUGAUGACAGUGUAGCUGUGUGCAGCCUGGGUAGUCCACUGAGCCCCCAGAGCAGGCUUCGCCGGAGGGCUCUGCCUUUGCUCGCCUGUCAGGCUCGUACUGUAAACAGUUAUUAGCGGUCUCUAGGGAAUGGUGAAAGGGGGAGAAUGCCAAGACUGCAGGUGAAGAGCAAGAGUUCGGUGAUGCACAAGUUUCUGUACAGCUUGUUCUCGGGCUCCUGGAUCGGGUCCAAGUCGUUCCCCCUUACCCCUGCUCAUGCGGUACAGAAGCAAUUAGGAUUUUGCAUUUGAGCUGUUCCUUCACUCUGUUGGGUUUUUGUAAUAGCUAAUGUGCUAAUUCAUGUGUUCUCUGUUGUCUGGAUUUUAUUGCCUUUUGUUUUGGAUAAUUUAUCCAUAUUUUUGUUUACAUUAUUUUUUUUAAGAAAGUAACUGUAAUAGUAUAAAAUUGAGGUUGUGCUGUUGACAUUCUCAGUUUUUACAAUUAUCUGUCACAUAAUUUAAGUGUACCUGUUCCUAAUGUAUAAAGUUCUCUCCUUCUCAAUAAACAAUGAAAGUUCUUUCUCUCA